AUGUCUAGUGGGAAUAGAGGCGGUGGAAGAGGUGGCCGUGGCAAUUAUGGACCUCGGGGAGGCAGCGGCAGUUUCCGAGGCGAUAGAGGCGGACGUGGUGGACGUGGUGGAGGUGGAAGAGGAGGGUAUGGAGGGCCGACUGGCAGUGGUCAACAAACUAUCCAGGUCUUUCCCAACUCUCAAGGCCAAAACCCCCAGGUUACAAAGGUCGAAGAUGCAUUGCACCCAGCAACAAAGCACAAGCUCGAUCUUAGUAGCCUGAAGCUAACCGAAGGCUUUCCCGGCCGCCCGGGGUAUGGCACCCGGGGCACCAAGGUUGAACUCACGGCAAACUACGUCGAAUUAUUGCCGCCGUCGAACAUGACCCUACAUCGAUACGAUAUACAGAUCAGCCCAGUAGCUGCUGGUAAGAAGCAUUUCCGGAUUGUGCAGCUACUGCUCCAGGCGCCGGAAUUGGCCCCUCUACAGGGCGAUAUUGCAACAGAUUUCAGGUCUACUCUCGUCUCCAAAACUAAGUUUUUGCAGGACGAGGUCCUCGUUGAGGUCCCCUAUCGCUCAGAAGGUGAAGACGAACCGACUGCUAGGGCUACCAUAUAUAAUGUUCGCGUCCAAUAUACGAAAACUUUAAAUAUCGGCGAGUUGGUCAACUACCUGAACUCAACAAGCCUCAGCCAGUCAUUGCUAGAUAAGCAGGAGUUGACGCAGGCUCUGAAUAUCUUUCUGAACCACUACGCCAAAUCCUCAAAGAACCUUGUCACAAUUGGAUCGACAAAGAGCUUUUCUCUCAGCAGUGACGCAGCAAGAGGAGACAUCGGCUCCGGCUUGGAAAUCAUUCGAGGCUUCUUUUCGAGCGUGCGCGUAGCGACUUGUCGCAUUCUCGUCAACAUCAACGUCAGCCAUGGAGCAUUUUACCAUGCUGUUCCUUUACCGGGGCUCAUGAAAAGUUACGGACUUCGCAGCACCGUCAUGUUGGAAAGGUUUCUCAAAUUGGUUCGGAUACAGACUAUGCAUCUUCCCGAGAAGCGUAACAAAGCCAACGAAGUUGUUCCCCGCGUCAAGACUAUCUUCGGGCUGGCUAGGAAGGACGAUGGACAUGGCUUGGCCCACCCACCGCGCGUUAGACAGCACGGGGCAGGUGCCAAAGAUGUGGAGUUCUGGCUCGAUGGUGAAGCCAGCUCCUCUAGCGCACCUAAGCCGGUAGCCAAGGGAGGCGCGAAAGGGAAGGGCAAAGGGAAGGCAUACAAUCGAGUUCUACAAGACCCCCAGCUUCCGUUGGUUAACUGUGGCAACCGGGACAAUCCGAUGUAUCUCCCAGCUGAGGUCUGCCUUGUCCUCCCGGGUCAGACUUCCAAGUCGAAACUUGACAGCGCUCAAGCGCAGCAUAUGAUUCGCCACGCUGUUCGAAAGCCGUGGGAAAAUGCGGCCGCGAUUGUUAGGGAGGGUGUGCAGACUGUUGGUCUAGAUGAGAACGCCAAUGUACUUUUGCGUUCUUUUGGCCUGAAAAUCACACCGGGACUUAUCAAAGUCCCAGGUCGCAUCCUUUUUGGUCCAAAGGUUAUCUACAAGAACAACAAGGCUGCUGGUCUCCGCUUCGGUAGUUGGAAUAUGUCGGAUAUUAAAUUUAACAUUGGCGCGUCACUUGCUAAAUGGUCAUACCUGAUGGUCUCUAUUCCUGGGAUACGCGACUCUUUCGAUCAGCAAAGCCUGCGGGCCGUUAUGGAUGAGUUCCAUGCCGCCCUGCAGAAAAUUGGCGUCAACGCAGCUCAACCGUUUCCAGGUCAACGCCUCCAACUUCAACAUCCAGACGAUCCCGCGCUCGACUCAGCUUUACAGCGUGCCGCUGGAGCUUUAGAUCUGCUUUUCAUCAUCCUGCCCGGAGCAAACAUACCAUUAUACAAGCGCAUCAAGACGAUCGCCGACAAGAACUAUGGUAUCCACACUAUCUGCUCGGUGGGUUCCAAACUAGCGAAAGACCGCGGCCGCGACCAAUAUAUGGCCAAUGUCGCUUUGAAGUUCAAUCUCAAGCUCGGCGGCAUCAAUCAGAUGGUGGAGAACAAGAAUCUCGGUAUCAUCGACCAGAACAAGACGAUGAUUGUCGGCAUCGACGUCACGCAUCCUUCACCUGGCUCGUCUUCCAACGCGCCUUCUGUCUCUGCAAUGGUGGCCUCCAUUGACAAGUUCCUAGGCCAAUGGCCCGCAACCUUGCGCAUACAGCGCGCGAGACAGGAAAGCACCAAGGGCAAACACGCCGCUCUCCCAGAGAAUAUUCUCAUUUACCGUGACGGAGUCUCCGAAGGCCAAUAUGACAUGGUCCUCUCGCAAGAGUUUCCUCAACUCCGCCGCGCAUGCGAACAGAUGUACCCAGCAGCUGACACCAAAAAAGGCCUUCCGCGCUUCACUAUUAUAGUCUGCGGCAAGCGGCACAAAACGCGAUUCUAUCCCAUUACCGAGCAAGACUGCGAUAGGUCUGGCAAUACUAAACCCGGUACCGUCGUUGACCGCGGAGUGACUGAAGCGCGAAACUGGGAUUUCUUCCUGCAGGCACACGCUGCACUUCAAGGGACUGCACGCCCAUGUCACUAUUACAUCGUGCAUGAUGAGAUAUUCCGGCAGAUCUAUGCGAAGUCGAUUCCACUUCCGUUCCAGAGCAUCGCCGAUAUCGUUGAGGAUCUCACACACAAUAUGUGCUACCUGUUCGGCCGCGCCACCAAGGCUGAUGCUGUCGAGCUGCCCUCGGACCUGCCUCAACUCUUCCGCCACCUGGGCUUUUGUUUCCUGCAUCUCUUGCUUGUAUUCGUCAAGCUUCUGUUCCAACUCUCGAAUCGUCUUUUGCUGGUCGCCGAUCAUGCUCCGUGUCGCUUCCCGCUGCUUGCUGAAUUCGUCCCUGAGGAUCCGCAAGACUCCAAAGACCUUUUGGAGCAUUGCUGCGCCUGGAUCGGUGGCGUUCUUGUCUUCUUGGAGGCCAUCGUUCGUGAUUCUCGAGGUGAUUCGCGCGGUGUUGGUUUCUUGCACCGAGGCCGUGAAGAUCAUGCCUACCCUGCGACGCUUCGACCGGUCGUCGUCAAUCCGCGUCGCGUCGCGUCAAGACAUAUCACCAUCAUUGUUGUCCUCCCCCCGACGAAUACAACAUACCGCAAAGCUCUACAAUGCCUUCACCAGAUACUCAUAGCGCCAAUAUAA